UAUAAACACGCUAGGGUUUUGGGGAAGAGCAGAUCGAAAUCUCUGAAGAAGAGACCAUGAAGAGGCUAUAUCAUUUCUCCUUCUUCUGCAAAACCGUGUCUUCCACUCGUUCUCCUCACCCCAACGAUGCUGCCCUCCUCUUCGCCAUCUUACCUUACUCGCCCUCCGCCGCCGCCGCCGCCGCCGCCGCCUCCGCCACUGGGAAGUACAUGUUCAGGGCCCAAUACCUCAUCCACUCAUGUGGUUUCGACCAGGAGAAGACCACCGAGGCCUUGAAGCUUCUCAAGGGCAUCCAAUCGCUGCAGCAGCCCGACUCCGUUCUUGCUUUCCUCAAAAGUUACGGCUUCGAUGACGCAUCAGUAAAAAGGCUCCUACUUUACUUCCCCAAAUAUCGUCUUUGGGACGCAGAGAAGACACUUGCCCCAAAGUUCCGAGCUUACGAAGAUCUGGGUCUCUCCCCAUCCGACAUCGUCCACCUCUUCCGGAAGAAUCCCUCCUCCAUCAGAAUGAAACACGAACGCAUUGUAUCUAAGAUCGAAUUUUGGCAAGGCCUUCUCAGCUCCAAGGAUGCACUGGUGAAGUCGAUCAAGAGAAACCGAGGGAUUCUUACGUGGAGCAUUGAGAAGAGGAUCCAGCCCAACCUUGAGUUGCUUCGGGAAUGUGGCCUGGACGACCAAAAGCUCGCCUAUAUCUUGCGGAAUCGCCCAAUGAUCCUGUCACUUAAUGCUGAUUUCUUGAAGUCCUUGGUUAGUCGUGUGGAGGACUUGGGAGUGCCACAGAUAUCGGGGAUGUUCCAUUGCACUCUUUGUGCACUCGUCACGGUCAGUCCAGAGAAGUUUAAUACGCAAAUGGAAUUGUUCCGGAGCUUUGGGUGGUCAGAGGCCGAUUUUGUUGCGGCAUUCCAGAAAUGUCCUACCUUUCCCCUAAAGUCUUCGAUGGCUUUGCAGAGAAGAAUGGAAUUCUUGAUAAACGAGGCUGGAUAUGCCUCUUCUUACAUAGCUAUACGUCCAAUACUAUUGGUAAUGAGCUUGGAGAGAAGGCUGAUUCCGAGACAUGGGAUCUUGGCAACCUUGAGGUCUAGGGGGCACUGUGAAAAUGAUUACAAAUUAACAGCAUACAUGAUGCUUACCGAGGCCAAAUUUGUAGAGAAAUACAUUAUCCUCUACAAGGACAGGUAUCCAGAUCUGAGUGAACUCUAUGCAAGCUUAAACCACUCUAAUGCUUCUGAUUCUGGACAUCAAUGAGUUAAACCACACCAUGCAAGUCGAAUUUCAGCUCCACCUCAACACUCAUUUUAUGAGCAAACUUUUGCGACAUGAACAGGUCAGACCAUGCUAUGCAGGUUGGAUUAUACCACCUUAAUUAGCCUUGGCAGGAGAUUCCUCCAAGUAAUAAAUACAUUUUGGUACAAAGCAAGUUAAGAAAUUUGGAUUAACAAAAGUUUGAAGGGCGUGGAAGGCAAUUGGGAGAUAUUGGAAGUGUGUAGCUCGGAAAAAAGUCAAAAAGAGCGUAUGUGUAACAGAGCAACUACAGAGUACUUGAUACAAUACUAUAAUUAUUUUUUACUUUCGGCUUUA